AUGGCCACAGUCCACAUCGGCGCCAAAACGUGGAUCUUCCUCAACAGCCACCGUGUCGUCUCCGAAAUCAUAGCCAAGCGCGGCAGCGCCACCAGCACGCGAUCUCCCAUGCCCAUCGCCAGCGGCAUCGUCAGCAAAGACGGCCGUUCGCUCGUCCUGCCGCAAGAGCAGUGGACGGAACGCCGCCGCGUCAUGCACAGUCUUCUCAACGGCAGUUCACUAAAGCAGUACGGCGAGUGGCAGGAACUGGAAAGCACGCAGAUGAUGGCCGAGUACCUCUUCAAACCGCAACUCUGGUACAAGCACCACUACCGGUACGCCAACUCGGUGAUCCACCGCAUCGCUCUCGGCGAGCGCCUUAACAAAUCGACGCAGGAGCUGGCAGAUCUGCAAAACUGCGUCACGUUCUUCGUGGGAAGCAUCGGCGCCAGCGUCGUCGAUUGGUUCCCGCAGCUGACAAACCUGCCGAGGCCGUUGCAGCUCUGGAGACCGCACUGGCAGAAGCUGGCCGACUGGAACCACGGCGUCUACAGUAAGUGGUGGGUGCCUGUGCGGGAGCAGGUGAAAGAUGGGACUGCGCCGCCGUCAUUUGCGCGCGAUGUGCUUCUACAUGAAGACACGAAGUUCAAAGGGAGCGACGAUGAUGCGAUGUAUGUGGCUAUGCAGCUCAUCGAGGCAGGAAGUGAUACCACGCGCGAGGCGCUCAACAUCAUGGUCAUGGCUGCACUAGAAUAUCCCGAGCCGUUCCGCAAGGCAAGGGAUGAGGUUGACCGCGUCUGCGGCACGGGGGAUGACGCACGUCUGCCUCAGUUAUCGGAUAUGGACAGCUUGCGGUACAUCUGCGCCAUGGCCAAGGAGGUGCUGCGCUGGAGACCGAUCUUCAUCCUGACGCCGGAGCACACUUCGACGCAGGAUAUUGAGUUUGAGGGAUACUACUUCCCAGCGGGCACUGGAUUCGUCAUCAACGAGGUGCCUGUUGGCAAUGAGUGUGAGUAUCCGGAGGUCUUCUACCCAGAGAGGUGGAUCGACGGCAAGGAGACGGACAUUGCGCAUGGACUGUGGCAGUUUGGUGGAGGGCGUCGCAUCUGUGUCGGCUAUCGUCUGGCACAGAGGAGCUUGUUUUUGAAUAUGGCAAGGCUCGUCCAGUGUAUCGACUACAAGCCGUAUGGGCCCUAUAAUGCGAAAUGCCUGCAGCUGGAGUCACUUGACGAGCCGUUUCCUGUCACGGCUUCGUUCAGGGGUAAGAAGUAUGAGGAUAUGGUGAAGCGCGAGGCUACUAGGCUGGACGUACUUGAAGAUGCCAAGCUCGAUCGCCAGUAA